UUCAAACUAAUGUAGGCGAGGAGUUAGUUUACUUUAAAACUGAGGCAAUAGAUGUGCGGCGCGUUACUGGAGCAGACGAGGCAAACGACAAACACCGAGAUAAGCGGUGGAGCGAUAGAUUAAACGUUUGACAGCAGCGGCUUCACAUUUGCGCGGCCGCGUCCCGACUCUUACAUAAAGCGCGCGGCUCCUUUAAGGCUGAAAGCCCCGGGGCGUGACGUCACAGGUGGAACCAGCUCUGGCUGGGCGUCUGGCCGUCGGAAAGUGAACCGUGUUUGGCGUGUGGCUGCUCUCUGUGAGUUUUUCUCUCCCCCCCUGUUGUCUUGUGUUCCUGUGUUUCUGUCGCCCGUUUAACUCCACUCGCGAGUUCUUUUACGCGUUGAAUUAAGAAGCCCAGCGCCGUAGCCGAUUUUAUGCGACGUCUCAGAAAAGUUCCCGAAGUGCUCUUUGAGGAACCGGUGGACGGCGGACACCACCGGAGAUGGAUAAGCUAACCGAUAGCUGACUUGUUAGCCGAGAAUCACAGGUCAAGAAUAGGCUCCGGCUAGCAUGCUAGCAGAUAGCUAAUUUAGCAUUUUAACGAGCUACGCGAGUGACUUUGUGACGCCGUAACGUCGAAAGUAGCGGCGGUUCGUCCUCGGGCCUGGCUGCUGCUCCGAGGUCGGUCACAAAGCGGCUAACCCAGGAAGAAGACGCGGUCCGCACUACGAGGAAACGGGGUUUCGCCGAGCGGCGACGGUUCCUCUCUCGCACCGACAGCAUGUUGUCCAACGCGCAGAACCAGCCGCUGUUUCCCAACCCGGCGGGACAGCAGAACCCGGCCGGCCAGCAGAACCCGGCGGGCCAGUUUGCCCCCUUCCGACCCAAUUUGGUGAUCAAGAAGAACGCCAUCACAGACGACUACAAGGUGACCAGCCAGGUGCUCGGGCUGGGAAUCAAUGGCAAAGUGCUCGAAAUCUUCCAGAAGAAGACCGGGGACAAGUACGCGCUGAAGAUGCUGCAGGAUUGUUCCAAAGCCCGCAGGGAGGUGGAACUACACUGGAGGGCAUCACCGUGCUCCAAUAUUGUGCGGAUUGUUGACGUUUAUGAGAACCUCUAUCAGACCAGAAAGUGUCUGCUCAUCGUCAUGGAGUGCAUGGAUGGUGGUGAACUUUUUAGUCGAAUUCAGGAUAGGGGAGACCAGGCCUUCACAGAGAGGGAGGCAUCUGACAUCAUGAAGAGCAUAGGAGAGGCCAUCCAGUUCCUGCAUGCAAUUAACAUUGCACACAGAGAUGUCAAGCCAGAGAACCUAUUGUAUUCAUCAAAGAGGCCCAAUGCCCUCCUCAAACUUACAGACUUUGGCUUUGCUAAGGAAACCACAUCUCAUAACUCCUUAGCUACUCCCUGCUACACACCCUACUAUGUUGCGCCAGAGGUUCUGGGCCCAGAGAAGUAUGAUAAGUCGUGUGACAUGUGGUCACUGGGUGUUAUUAUGUAUAUCUUGUUGUGUGGGUACCCUCCCUUUUAUUCCAACCAUGGUCUAGCUAUCUCUCCUGGGAUGAAGAAGAGGAUCAGAAUGGGUCAGUACGAGUUUCCCAACCCUGAGUGGUCCGACGUCUCAGAAGAAGCUAAGCAGCUAAUCAGAACGCUCCUAAAGACUGAGCCAACCCAAAGAAUGACCAUCACAGAGUUUAUGAAUCAUCCAUGGAUCAAUUCAAUGGAAGUUCCCCAGACCCCACUUCACACCAGUCGCGUGCUAAAGGAGGAGAAAGACGCCUGGGAGGAUGUCAAGGAGGAAAUGACCAGUGCCUUGGCAACAAUGAGAGUGGACUACGAGCAAAUCAAAAUCAAGACCAUUGAGGACUCUACCAACCCACUGCUAAAUAAACGGAGGAAGAAAGCCAGUAAUGCCACAGCGGACCCACAGCCUGCAGCCCACUGAAACAUGCACGCAUGCAUGCACGCACAUAUAGACACAGGUUGUAAAAAGGAAGCAAUAAUUUGUCGACAAGAGUCGCAUUGCAUGGAUUUUCUCAGUGUUUUAUUUUUAAUGGCAAAUUCUAAUGUUUUGUAGGAGUGUUGUUUUUAUUACUCUUCUCAUUUUAACAAACCCACCUCUGCUCUGACAGGGAGGAUGUUCUUCUGUGUUUUUAUGUCACUGAAGAGAUUAAGACUUCUGUUAAGGGGGAGCAGAGGGACUCGUUGAGAUCUCCCCCCUCUUUACCCAAAUGUCAGGUUGUGUACUUGGGAGGGGCUUGAACGAUGGAUUAGGACCUGAGGCCUAGCGUUGGCACUAGUUCUUUCAUUCUGUCACCCUGUUCCAGCUCUAGCCCCAAACCUGUGAAUGUUGUAUCAAAUGGCUAAAUCCCAAAAAUCAAAGUAAGGGAAGGUUUCUUUAUGUACAUGCAAAGUAAGCAGAUGUGUAUUGAACUGACAAGUGGAAUGUAAAGACUCUGUCCUUGACCUGUGGAAUCAGCGGGAAACUGUUGUUGGUUUCCUGGGACUUGGACAGGGUCCGUGUGUCGGGUUCAGUUUAUCUUUGUGAAUGUCGAACAGAAGCCAGUGCGCUCGCACAUUCAGACGCCACUUCGUAGCCCCUCUCUCUCCCGUUCGGAUCUGUGCUUGUGUUUUAGGUACAGUUUACGAGGACAGAAGGAUGGAAUGUUAAAGAACACAAACUGGCUCGUCUCCUCUCCUGCAUGUAGCUCACAGGAGAGUGGGAGCCAGCUGAUACUGUAUUUUUACAUGGAUUUUAUGAUAGCCUAGGCCUUACUGAGUGUUGCUCAGCAGUAAAAGAUGUUUAAUCCCUACCUACCAUUUUGUUUAGGCUUCACCAAUGUUAUGCUUCACGAUUUGUAACGAUGCCAGGUUAUAUUUCAGGUCAAUGCUAUGCAGAUGUUUGCCACCUUGAAGUACUGCUUGAACAUCUUUUCUGUCGGCGUCUAUUUCUGUUUGUGGACGUGUUGAAGAGGCGUAGAACUGUGUAUGCGUGAGCAGUAGCAACACUCUAGGUAGUUAAACAGGUGCACCAUGUCACCUUUCUGGAGGCUCAGUGGGACUAAUCUGGUGCAGUGUUUUCCCAGCACAACUCUCCCCCUCAUCCUGCAGGAAUGUUAGGGAGUAAAGAGUACAUAAGAGCUGCUCGUGUUCCCUGAGCAGCCUCUGACUUACCACCAGCAAGAUGACGCGCCUUCCUUAAUGUGUUCAGUUGAUGCAUCGGGACGCAUUCCAGCUCACUUGGGUCACGUGGGUAAAUGGUUGUCAGAUUAAUUCACUUCACUUUGUAAAAUCACAUCCAAACUGUAAAAAAUGUUCAUUCAAUGUUUGUGACAAUGUUCUUCCCUAUUUGUUUUGUUUUUUUUGUAGUGGAACCACACAUUUUCUGUUCAGAUCCACAUGCCGUACUUUUGUCUGCUUCAGCUUUGGAUUAAAAAAAAUGAGAAAACACAAA